AGCCAAUUAACAAACGAACCCUAAAUAAGUAAAAAAUUCAAAGAUAAAAGUCUGCUUGGUCUCUCCGUCGUCUUCUAUCUUUCUGCGGUUUCUAAUCUUGGAUCUACCUCCGUACAGUGCUUUCAAUGGCUUCUGUGAACAGAUGGAUCAGGCCUGAGGUGUAUCCAUUGUUUGCGGCUGUUGGUCUUGCUGUAGGGAUUUGCGGGUUUCAGUUGGUGCGAAAUAUCUACACCAACCCUGAAGUCAGGGUGACCAAAGAGAACAGGCUUGCUGGAGUGUUGGAUAACCAUGCUGAGGGAGAAAGAUACUCUGAGCAUUUUGUGAGAAAGUUUGUCCGCGGCAAAUCACCUGAAAUCAUGCCAUCGCUCAACGGCUUCUUCACUGAUCCUAAAUGAAUCUCAUAUGCUUCUGCUCAUACGCAAAACUGAAUGCUCAACUCUGGGUUUGUUUGGAUUUCUUAUGUUUGAGCUGUAAUGUGCUCUGAAUGGAUUUGGGUUUAUAAUAAACUUCUUUUCAAAUUAUGUAAGAUAAAACCAAGUACUCGGAUUUGAAGCUUGAAUCUUGAAUAUUAGUAUUUGGGUGUUGCUAUAUACACCCCCUAUUUUUACUA